AGUGUAGGCGGCCGGCGGAGCUGCGGGUGACGCGCCGUCGCCGCCCCAGACGCCGCCACACAGCCCGUGGUCACACACACACUCUUGUCUUGCUCUCACACUCUACCACUGCACCUCACCAACAUGUAUUAGGUGUGGUUCCCGUCCCAUUGCCAUGCCAACAUGGAGCCCUUGGAUCUACCUGGAAGAGGGAGAACUGCCAGCCAGGAGGUACUGCAGGAUGCUGCAGUUGUCAGUUCUCCCGGGCUGGGUCGUUCCCAUGACGCCGACGCCACUCACGACCCGCACCACACUACAACUGUGUCGUCAUCGUCACCAAGUCCUGUGUCACCCAUGGCUACCGGAACACCCAAGAGGAAGAAAACAAAAGCAGAAGCCUUAACACGAGGAACGAAGGGAAUCUCAUCCAGAGCCCAGCCAGCAAGAAAGGGAUUCAUGCCCUCCAGAUUUCAUUCGUCUCUGCCAGUCAACUCUGAUGGAUCCCCACUGGCUAGCACUGAGCCCAGCCCCAGGCCACCAAGCGCCUGCUUGUCCUCUGGUGGUCACUCGCCAUCCCGUAUACAGUUGGAGCAGGUCAAGCACACACUGCAUGAUGUACAGUCAACUACGGGAAGUAGUUAUGCCAAGCAGAGGUCUCCCUCGCUAAGGCCCUCAAGGCCCCCAAACUCGUCAUCCACAGCAAUGUCAAAGAGGCGAAACUACAGGUUUACUGACGAUCUCCAGAAGGAAUUCAAAUUUAUUAAACUGGACAAUCUGUGGGGUGAUGGAACAAGAGUGGUAUGCCAGCUUUGUAAGAUCUAUUUUUCCGUGGCUCGCCGUGGUAGAAACGACAUCCAGUUACAUCUACAUUCCCAGAAACAUAAGGAUGUUGUAAAGACUCUGGCUUCUAUGUCAAAGAGGCGAAACUACAGGUUUACUGACGAUCUCCAGAAGGAAUUCAAAUUUAUUAAACUGGACAAUCUGUGGGGUGAUGGAACAAGAGUGGUAUGCCAGCUUUGUAAGAUCUAUUUUUCCGUGGCUCGCCGUGGUAGAAACGACAUCCAGUUACAUCUACAUUCCCAGAAACAUAAGGAUGUUGUAAAGACUCUGGCUUCUAAUAAUCCGUUUGUGUGUAGCACCAUAGUACGGCUCCCCGGAGAACUGGUACAGAACGCUGAAGACGCAGGAGCGACGGAGGUGGAGGUGGUGCACGACACCCGCCGAGUCCAGUGUCCCGGAGCUCACGCUCAUCUUCACACCUUCCUCACGGAUUGA